UAGCUGGGAGGGACCGGAUCUUGGGAGGAAACGCAGAGGCCAUGGCGAGCGGCUGGGCCACAGCACUCAGGCUGGGGCUCUGGGCCACUGCACUGUGCCUGGGGGGCUGCCACCCCCUCGGGGGGGACGCAGAGCCCCACACCAUGGUGGAGCGCCCAGCUGUGCUGCGGGACAAUUUCCGCCUGCAGCCUGGCGAUCUGGUGGCCACAGCGGGCCAGGUGCUGGAGCUGGACUGCGUGCCUCCCGCUGGGCACCCCGAGCCCCGUGUCUCCUGGAGGAAGGACGGCGUCACCCUGCGCCCAGCUGGGGGACGUCAUCAGGUCACCCGCGGGAAGCUGCGGGUGGCCCCAGCACGCAGGACCGACGCGGGGGUCUAUGUCUGCGUGGCGGCCAACGCGGCAGGUGAGCGGCACAGCCGGGGCGCCCACGUCACUGUCCUAGAGAAGCCAGCCAUUGUGCGGCAGCCAAGUGAUGCCGUGGUGGUGGCUGGUGGCACAGUGGAGCUGGGCUGCAGUGCGCAGGGUGAUCCCACGCCACGGGUGCAGUGGCACAAAGAGAAUGGAGACUUGCCCUGGGGGAGGCACGAGGUGGACCAAGAGCACACGCUGCGCCUCUACGCCGUGACAGCCGCCGAUGCUGGCACCUACAUCUGCACAGCCCAGAGCCAGCUGGGCAGCGCCGCUGCCACCGCUCGUGUCCAAGUGGAGGACCUUUUGCCUGCAGGCCGGCGGGAGGUCACGCUGCAGGACCUGCUGGCCAUGCGGCUGCAGCUGGAUAAUGGCACCGCGCUGCCCACCACCGCUGCCGCCUGGCUCCGCUGGCGGAUGGUGACGCCAGGGCCAGCGCCAGAGGGUUACGCGGUGCUGUACCGCUGCCUGCUCCCUGUCGGCACCGCCUGGUCCCAGCAGGAUGUGGGCAGGGAGCUCAGCACUGUCAUCCCUGCGCUCCAACGGGGCUACCAGUAUGAGUUCAAGGUCCGGCCCUAUGCCAAAGGGGCCUGGGGCUUGGACAGCAACAGCUGGCACCUCUGGAUCCCUGAGGAAGUGCCAAGCGCGGCGCCCCAGCAUGUCACCGUGGGCCAGGUUGAGCCAGGGAACAGCACCGUUGUCGUGAGAUGGGAACCACCUCCCCCUGAUGCUCACAAUGGCAUCAUUCGGGGCUACCAGGUCUGGUGUCUGGGCGAGGGCUGGUUGCACCCCACCAACAGGACAGUGGACAGAGGCACCCACCGCUUGGAGAUCCCCCUGCCUGUCUCCGGGGCCAGAUACUGCAUCCAGGUGGCCGCAUUCAACGGCGCAGGGCUGGGGGUCCCCAGCAAUGCCACCUGCAGUGUCCUGGAGGUGACGGCAGGGAGCACUGGGGUGGUGCGGGCUCUGCGGCAGCCUGCUGUCAUCGCAGCUGCUGGCUCGCUGCUAUGGUUGGCCCUGCUCGCCCUCCUCCUCCUCCUCUGCCAGCGCCAUGCCAGGCAGGAUGCCUUGGCACGCCACAGAGAGGGGGACAGCGAUGCGCCAUGGCUCAGCAGCCCCUGGAAACCCAGCUGCGUCCCCCAGAACCUCAGUGGCAGCAGCAGCCUCAGCAGCCGGCUCCUGGGCAGCGACAGCAGGGACCCCCAGCCCUCCCCCCUGUCCUCGGAGCCACCGAGCCUCAGUCCUGCGACAUCCCCCAGCUGCAGCGACCAUCGCAGGGGACACCGCAAACCCAGCACCCUGAGCCCAGCACCCUGGGAGCGCAUCCACAAGCGAGAGCUGGACCGAGUGCACAGCACCCCAGUGGUGGCAGCCGGACUCGGGACCAUUCCCAUCCCCGUGAGUGGUGGUGAGUGGGGGACACGUUUUGGCCUGGAGGCUGGGUUGCUUCAGCAGAAGGGACAGGACGGCGACGCUGCACUGGCAGGAGGGGACCUAUGGUGGCUGCCAGCUCUCAUCUCCCCAAAAGCACGGCGGGGCAGUGCCUCACUGGCAUCCAUUGGCACUGAGACACUGGUGGCACCCCGAGGGCAGCCCCGCGCCUGGCACCCUGCAGGGACUCGGUUCCUGGCCACUGGGUGCCCAAGGGACAUGUCCCCAGUUACUGGAAACCCAAGAGACCCGUCCCCAGUCACCAGGAGCCCCAGGAACGUGUCCCCAGUCCCCAGGAACCCCAGGGACAUGUCCCCAGUCCCGAGGAGGCCCAGGGACAUGUCCCCAGUCCCCAGGAACCCCAGGGACAUGUCCCCAGUCCUGAGGAGGCCCAGGGACAUGUCCCCAGUCACAAGGAGCCCCAAGGAUGUGUCCCUGGUCAUGAGGCACCCCAAGGAUGCAUCUCUGGUCACCAGGAACCCCCGGGACACGUCUCCAGUCACCAGGAGCCCCAUAGACACGCCCCCAGUAGCAGGGAGCUGCAGGGAUGUGUUCCUGGCCACCAGGCACGGCAAAGAUAUGUCACCAGCCAGGGGGUGCCCCGGGAAUAUGUCCCCUGUCAGCAGGUGCCCUGAGGACAUGUCCCCAGUCAUUAGGCACUCUAAGGAAAUGUCCCCAGUCACCAAGCGCCCCAGGGACAUGUCUCCAGCCACUGGGCACUCCCUGCUCACCACAUAUCAUGAGAACAAGUCCCCAGUUGCUGGGCACCCCAAGGACACAUCACCAGACACCAAACAUCCGAGGGACACGUUCCUGGUCACCAGACAUCCCAGGGAUGUGUUCCCAGACACCAGGUACCCUGAGGAUACAUCCGUGGUCACCAGGCACCCCAGGGAUUUGGCCACUGUCACUGGACACCCCAAGAACAUGCUCCUGGCCACCAGGCACCCUGAGGAUGCGUCCCCAGACCCUGCCCACCUUUCGCUGGCACUCAGCGAUGGGGUCCUCACGCCACAGCAGGUGGCCAAGGACCUAGAGCAGGCACGGGAGGCCGCCCACCCCAUGGACACCCCAGGGAUGGAGCAUCCCCCGAUGUCAGCGGCGUCCCCAACACAUCCCCGGUGUGUCCCUGUGCCCCGGCCCCUCUCCCCUCCGCACACCUACGGGUACAUCUGCGGACCUUCUGCUUCAGAGCUGGGCGAUGGGGAGGAGGAGGAAGAGGAGGAGGACGAGGAGGAAGAGAAGACAGACGUGUGGGACCAGGGGGGCUCCCCAGGGGGGUCUCUGCUGAAUGGCUGGGGCUCCGUCUCAGAGGGAAAUGUCCCCAGCACCCGCUGCAGCCUGGCGAGCUCUUCUGAUGGCUCCUUCCUCCUCGAUGCCAGCUUUGCCCGGGCUCUGGCUGUGGCUGUUGACAGCCUCUGCUUCAGCCUCGAGGAUGCCGAUGGAGCCCUUGUCCCCGUGAGUCGCCAGGCAUCGUUCCCUCUCUGUGGGGAGGUGGCCCUGGGGACAGGGACGGGCAGCCCCUGGGCCAGGGUGGCCAGCAAGCAGGGCGGGCUCCUUGCCAGGGACAGGAGAGACGGGAACACGGCAGCCCCCAGCAUAUAGAAGGUGGGAAGGCCAGAGCCUGCCUGGCUUGGCUAAAAUCCAGCUUUAUUCAUUGUUUCCCCCAAAAGGGGCUCUCCGCUAGAAAAAGCUACAUGCAAAGGAUGGGCAGCACUGGGGCAGCGGGUGCCCCUCCUGCUCUUCCUCCCUUCGUCCCUCCCAACAAGCCUUGGCCUCAGGGUCCUCGUCCUUCUGGGGCACCCUCAUCCCCUGCGACUGUCCUGGGCUGUCCCAAACCUCCUAAUCCCUCCUGAGCAUCCUUGUCCCUUCCGAGCAUCCUCAGGCAUCCUCAGCAUCCUUGUCCCCACCCAGAGCAUCCUCGUCCCUCCCUCAAGCUUCUGCCCACCCCACUGGCUCUGUGCACACCUAUUUAUGCAUCUCAGACCAAAAUUAAUCAGCAUCCCAUUUCUACCCCAA